AUGGCUAAGGACGCUUCCGCUAAGACUGGUCUGGCUGUCGGCCAGAACAAGGGCCACAAGACCACCGCCCGUGUUACCAAGCCCCGUGUUUCCCGCACCAAGGGCCACCUCUCCAAGCGCACUGCUUUCGUCCGCGAGGUUGUCCGUGAGGUCGCUGGCCUUGCCCCCUACGAGCGCCGUGUUAUUGAGUUGCUCCGUAACUCCAUGGACAAGCGUGCCCGUAAGCUCGCCAAGAAGAGACUCGGUACCUUCGGCCGUGCCAAGAGAAAGGUUGAGGAGAUGCAGCGCGUCGUCGUUGAGUCUCGCCGUGCCGGUCACUAA